AUGGCUGGUCCAAUUUACUUUACAAAGACUCUUUAUCAAAAGAGCAAAAUAUUAAAUUAUUAUCGUCAUGUUCAUCCUACUCUACAAAAUUGGAUUUCCUCUGGUCCAACCCAAGUUUUUCAGGAGAAAAUCAAAUCAGGAGUAUUGAAUCAAGAUGACUAUCAGCUUAAAGUAGUUAAACAUUUGCAAUUUGUCUAUGAUGAUAUAGUCUCUUACACACCAAAAUCAAAUUUAGCAAAAUUUUUUUUUAAAUCUCAAACACCUAAAGGCCUUUAUGUGUAUGGUUCAGUGGGUGGAGGGAAGACAAUGUUAAUGGAUCUUUUUUAUGAAACUUGUGAGACAAAAUUUAAGAGAAGAGCUCAUUUCAAUGAAUUCAUGCAAGAUGUUCAUGCAAGAAUACAUUUGGCUAAAAAAAAUAGAAAAGAAAUUGUUGGAAAUAAUAAAAAAUUAAAACCUUGGGAUCCGAUUGCACCAGUUGCACAAGAGUUAUCCACUGAAGCAUGGCUACUUUGCUUUGAUGAAUUUCAGGUUACCGACAUAGGAGAUGCUAUGAUUCUCAAACGUUUAUUCACGGAAUUAUUCGAUAGAGGCGUCGUUAUGGUCGCAACGUCAAACAGAUCACCGGACGAUUUGUACAAAAACGGUUUGCAAAGAGCAAAUUUCGUACCAUUUAUUUCCAUACUUAAAUCUCAUUGCACGGUCAUAACGUUAGAUUCGGGUAUUGAUUACAGAACGAAAGAGGGUGGAGAUGCCGGAAGAGACAAACGUUAUUUCGUUAUUGGUAAAACAAACGCAGACGAAGAAAUGAAUAAAAUAUUUAAAAUAUUAUGCGCAAAUGAAAACGACACGGUUAAACCGAGGCGUUUGGUAAUCAUGGGUCGCGUUAUUAAUUUAUCUCAAGCCUGCGGACAAGUACUUGAUGCGUCAUUUUCCGAACUUUGCGACACGGCACUGGGUCCAGCAGAUUACAUUUACAUUUCACAAAUAUUUCACACAAUACUAAUAAGAAACGUACCCAAAAUGAAUUUAACGUAUCGGAAUCAAGCGAGAAGAUUUAUUUGUCUUAUAGAUAUAUUAUACGGUAACAGAAAUCGGGUUGUUAUAUCAGCAGAAGAUAAACCUCAAUUUUUAUUUUCCGCAUCCGAAACGAAUUUACUCUCCGACGACAGUCACAGAAUAUUAAUGGACGAUUUGAAAAUUUCUACCGGAUCGGUAAAAUUAUUUGCAUUUGAAAGAACCGUGUCUAGAUUAUCUGAAAUGCAAACGGAUUCUUAUUGGAAACAAUGGGAUAGAAAAACGACGAAUUAA